GGCGGAGAAAAGGAACGCAGAGUGAAAGUGGGGGAAUGUCCCGCCACAUGUAGAAAAAUUAUCUGUCAGCCUGAGACAAACGCCCCCCCAUUCGUAGAAAAAAAAAAGACAGGAUAAAUCAAAGACCGCUUACUGUGCUGCUCACCUGCCAACAGUGCAGUGCACAGACAGACAAACACAGAAAGGCGGGCAGGUAAGGCUCAGUGGAGGCGGAAGAGCGAACAGGUUAAUCUUUCCUGCGAGUACUUUGUCCAUCGUCCCACCAGGUGUUCAGUUUACAGUUCUGCCGCCUUCGUUUUUUUUUUUUUUUGGUUUUUUUUCUCUCUUUUAAACGCGGUGUUUAUUAUUUAUGAAAGUGGCGUGGCGUCUGGAGAAACAUGACAGAGCAAGGGAAGAAACUGGUUCUGGUUGCGGUGGAUAUUCUGUGCGUCUUUGUUGCGGCUCUACCCUCAGCCAUCCUCACACUGAUGUUCAGCCCUUACCAGAGAGGAAUCAACUGCAAUGACCAGAGCAUCCGUUAUCCCUACAGGAGAGACACCAUCUCUCAUGGAACCAUGGCUGCAGUCACCAUCACCUGCUCCAUAGUCAUUAUCACAACAGGAGAGGCCUACCUGGUGCACACCAAUCGUCUCCGCUCCAACUCCCCAUUUAACCAGUACCUGGCAGCUCUCUACAAAGUGGUGGGCACCUACCUGUUUGGAGCAGCUGUCAGCCAGUCGCUGACUGACCUGGCAAAGUUCACUAUAGGACGUCCCCGUCCAAACUUCAUAGACGUGUGCAAGCCAGUUGUCUGUGACGGAUACAUGACGCAGAUCAACUGCACCGGCAACCUGCGCAAUGUGACAGAAUCCAGGCUGUCGUUCUACUCCGGACACUCGUCCUUCGGGAUGUACUGCAUGAUUUUCCUGUCGCUCUACGUCCAGGCCAGGAUGCGGGGGAAAUGGACAAGACUGGUUCGACCCACCAUCCAGUUCUUCCUUGUGGCGUUCUCUCUGUAUGUUGGAUACACGCGCAUUUCUGACUACAAACACCACCCGGGGGACGUCCUGGUGGGACUGCUGCAGGGUGCGCUCAUCGCUGUGCUCAUAGUCCGAUACGUCUCAGACUUCUUCAAGCAGCGCCCUCAACCCUGUGAACCACAAACACCAGAGACUGAACGCCUCGAGUGUAAAACAAGGCCACAGCCUUCGGAUUCAGAGCACAGAAACCACAACUACGGCGGAUCAGUAUGAGUGCUUUGCAACACCACCCUUCUCAGCUACUCUCACCAACCUGGCUAUGCACGCAAUAUCAGCAGCUCCGUUACCAAAGAAUGUGCACAGAAGAAGGAGAGAAAAGAAAAAAGAAAAAAAGAGCACAGUCUGCUAUUAAACCUCCCAAACAAUUUUACAACUAUGAAAACUCCAAGGGGUCUAUCAGUUUGGGUUUGUAUGUUGGAAAACUGACUGAGUUGGCUUUUUUCUUUUUUUUAAUGUGUGAGUGAGUUUUGUGUGACAGUGUGCAAUGACAUAUUUUUAUUGUUUUCUUAAUCAUUUCUUGCAUAAAGCUUCAGAUUUGUAUGAGAAAUUAAUGCUGUGAGUCAAACUUAACAGUGGCUGACUGCUCUACAGACAUCUCUUUAUUGUCUUUAAAAGAUAUGCAAGUGUAAUUACGGAGUGCUUUCACUGACACACAUACAGGAUGAUUUGUAGUGCUAACACUUUUUUAAUCUGCUCUAAUAAAUUGUGUAUUUUUUUUUUUUAAUUUUGUAAGAAUGUAUGACCACUAAUUUACUGACGUUAUGGUGAAACUUUGAGUUGGCAACAAUGUUCCUUUUGUCACCCCCCCCCCAAAAAACCUUUAAAGACUUGAAAAGGAUGGCCAAGGACAAAUGGAAACAUUCCUGAGCCUAUUCAUCCCAUAACCUUACUGUUUGGACACAAAGUAAAUACACCUUCAUGGACCUCUUCCUUUCCCGUUGACAACGUGUGUAACCUAUUGUGAAAUUGUACAUAAUGUAAUCACUUAUUUCCUUCAGCCUUCAAGGUGUUUUAUAUAGUUUUCUAUAAAUACUUGCCAGCAUGUGCAGCUUCUGCGCGAUUGCUUUGUUGGCAUGAAGAAAAACGUGUAAAGGAGACUUUUGUGGGGAUCGGCGGUGAGAGAAUCCGCUGUCUUGUUUUUGUUUUCAUUGAACUAUUCUCUGCUGUGUUCUUACUGAAAGCUGUGUACAACGCAGUGACGCAGGCUUCAAGUCUGAACCUGCAGCUCGAGGGCCUUGCUACCAGAGGAGUGAAGCUGGUGAGCCAGUUCAUGAAGCAGGCUCCGUGCCAGUAAACCACAGAUUAGAUUUAUGGUGUGCACAAUAAUAAAAAAUCCCAAACUAUUUCUCCAGAGAAGA